UUUGAAUUUUCAUUAUAUCCGAUUUUUUCAAUAUUAGGGAAUAUAUUUCCAUAUUUUGUUGACUUUGAGUGAAUAUAAAAUGUCGGUGAUAUCACUAGCAACUUAUAUAUAUAAAACUUAUGGACCGAAUUCCAAAUUACGAAAUGGUAGGGAGCAGCAUAAAAUUUACAAGAAACAACAUACAACAAUUGGAGCAGCAUGUUCAACUAAACCAUCUGAGUCUCACAAUUAUCUCAAAAAACAUACAGGUAAGCCCUGCUACGGAGCUAGAAUUAUGACCAAUAACGAGCCAAUGCAGGUUAGACAGAAAAUGCCGAAAAUCGAGCAACCAAAAAUGUUAGAGGGCCCAAAAGUAGAAAAGCCACCAAAGCCUACUAAAAAUUAUAUAAUGGAGAACAUAAAAACCGUUUCCCAAAUGAAACCGAAAGUAUCUGCAGUAGGCAGAAAUCGAUAUGAUUCUGGAAAACCCUUAAAAACAAAUGUAGACUCAAAACAAGUCAAAUCUUCCCCGAAAAGUUCUUCUAACUCAAAGAAAUUUGUAGUUAUUAAAGCGAGGAGAAACGCACGAAAAAUUUUGAUUAGCAGACUAAACCGUAGUUUUGAAGAGCUGGAAGAAAUAUAUCAAAACCUCCCGUUAAUAACAGACGACACUUCACCUAUAAUUCGUCGUAAAAAGAAGAUUGAAGCUGACCUCGUGGUAUUGGAAAAUGAUAUCGAUCAGUUUUUACGUGGAAAAUCCACUGAUACACCUACUCAUUCGAAGCCCAUUGAAAAGAAAAAUAAAACCAAAUAAGAAGAAUAUUGUUUUUUUUAUUCUUCAUAUACAUUUUUCACAAAUUUAUUGUACAAAAAUAAAUAUUUGAUAAAA